GUCUUGUUUUAUUAAAAAUAAAAUUAUCUUCUUGUCUUAAGUCAAUAACAUUUCUUGUUUAUAUAUAAAAGUGGCUCGAUAUUGACUAAAUAUAAUAUCACUAGUAUAUUAUGUAGAGUGGAUUUUUUUUUGUUAACUGAUACGCGACGCCAUUAUUUUCCGGCAUCUCGACGUCGUCGACGUCCAAAGAUCAGUCGCCGGACAUCGAUUCGUGCCUCCUUGCAGUUUAAUUUUCAACUACUGGAUUCUUGACUUGUCAAAAAGGAUUAUUUUAUCAAUGGAUUUAAUUGUAAACAUUGAUUCUCGAUGUCAAACGUACUUGUGAUGUUUGUUGCACCGGAAUAAAUAUCCAGGCAACAAAAUGAGUCGUCCAAAAGAAAAAGUUACCAACAUAUUUCGCAAAAUUUUCAAAUCAUCCGCAAAAGAAGGCGAGGGUCCCAGUAAACCUAGUACGUCAGGUACUGGUUCUCCAGCUCGACGUCUCUUACGGGGCUGUCGAGAUAGCGUAGCCCCCGCCGAUAGCUCACAAAGUAGCCCAGCUUUCACCUCCAAAACCAAAAAAGAUGAAAACCACGCCAAGACAGUCCGAGCAAAAAGACUGAUGAAAGAAUUAAGAGAUCUCCAAAGGUUCCAAAAUUCCAAACCGGAUCCAGUGUUUACCGUUGAAUUAGUAGAAGAUAACUUGUUUGAGUGGCACGUGAAACUGUACAAAAUAGACAAUGAUAGUGAACUAGGCAACGAUAUGCAUGAGCUGGGAGUAACGUACAUCCUUCUUCAUCUAGUGUUUCCUGAAAAUUUCCCAUUUGCUCCGCCAUUUAUGCGCGUUAUCUCACCGAGGAUAGAAAAAGGUUUUGUAAUGGAAGGAGGAGCUAUUUGUAUGGAACUCCUAACUCCUAGGGGUUGGGCGAGCGCUUACACAGUAGAAGCUGUUAUAAUGCAAUUUGCAGCUAGUGUGGUUAAAGGACAAGGACGAAUACAAAGAAAAAAUAAAGGCCAAAAAGUGUUCAGUAGGCGCACUGCGGAGGAAAGUUUCAGAUCUUUGGUUAAAACGCACGACAAGUACGGUUGGGUUACACCGAGUUUAUCUGAUGGCUGAUUAGCUCAAAUGACGGUAUUUAUAUAUUUACAUGACAUGUUUUUGUCGGAACAACUGUCGCUGUAUAAAAUUUCUAAAACGAAAUCUGAUUCUACCUAUAUCAUACAAUCUUUCUAUUAAAGUAACAAUACUAGUUACGGCUAGAAUAAGAAUCAAAUCUGGUUGGUUUGUCAUAGAAUUCAUAGAAACACAGUUGGUGUAGACCAUCGAUAACCUGAUGUUACUUAUUUUGAUUUAAUUGACGCCGUCUGUGUGGAGAAAUGUCUAUUACUAAUUUGACAUACGUCAAAAAAUUUUUAAUGUUUUUAAUAGCGCGAAAUUUAAAUAUUAUUUCACUGUAAUUCAGAACUAAUCAGAACUUAUAAAUUUUCAAAUUUAUAUUGUUUAUUGGAAUUUUAAGAUUAUCAUAUUUAGAAUUUCGAGGUAUAUCUACGAAGUAAGUUCCGUUUGGUUGCAUAAAAAACGUCUACAUGUGGAAAAACUAUUUAUUGAACAAUUUUUUUUAUGUCUUCUUGAGUGUUGGCAACCAAGGAAAGAUUUUAGACGUUGAAAAAAAUGAAAGUCGGUAGGAUAACCUGUAAGAGUUUUGUGCAUUGAUUGUUUUGCCUCGUGGUAAAAAAUUAAUUAGCAAAAUGUCUCUACAUUCCCGAAAAAUGGGGUAAAUGAGUUUUCGAUGUGUUAAAAUUCGCUUAGGCUUAACUUUCAUUGGAGACGAUGUCAUUGAUUGUCGUUUAGUAUCUGGGGUAUCGUAAGAUAACCAAAUUUCAUCCCUAUGACAAUCGAAGAAAGAAAAUCUUGUUUUUGUAAUGUAAGUAAGAAUCUUGAGGCCUAACGUAACUGAAAAUUUCAAAAUAUCAGUAAUUAAUGAUAAUUUGGAUAAUAACAAGUGACAGAAAAGAUGUUUCUAUUGUUUACUGCGGUUGUGACGUAGAAAGUAAGUAAAUACUGAAACGUGGUCGCCGCGUGUCGCCUCAAACGCCAUUCUGUUGUUCUGAGUGGAGGUAAUUGUUUGUUUCGUGCGAUUUGUGUUUAUGUAAGGGUUUCAAAGACUAUUCUAGUUGAAAUGAUAGCCGAGAAAGGAUUUAUCGACGUAAAAUAGAUACAUUGGCUGAAAUACGUGGAGUAAUAGCAGAUAAGUAAGUACUACUAAUUAGACUUUCUUAUAGUAACGUCAUUAUCAAAUUUGUUAGCUUGAACUUUAUUAAAAUAUAGUCAUAAAGAUGAUAGCUUUGAAGGUUAUGUUUUGAUUGAAGCUAUUGAUGUUAAAACAUUUGUAUCAUCUUUCAGUGCUGUUUACUUACUUUCUACGUCACAUUCAGUCAUGUGACAACAAAUACGUGUUGGCGCGUCAUUUAGAUAUUUAAAUUUAUUCAUUUCUAUUUUGUGAACUGAUAUACUGUGUGAUUAAGAACGAUAUACUAAACGUAGUUAAGGUAUAAAAAAGUAUGCAAGGACCUUAUUGUGUGAACCAGUUUAUCAGUAACCAAAGACAAACGUCCGCAUCUAAAAUAAAAACUUAACUUGUGUAAUUUGCAUAAACCGACUAUAAAAUAGAUGAUCUGUGGUUUAUAUCUUACUAUGUUUGAUACCAUAUACAAAAAAAACAACCUAAAAAUAUUAAAUAACUCCAUUUGAAUCCAAAAUACGUAAAAGCACAUAAAGAUUCUUUCUUUGAAUAUUCAUAAAUAAUCAAAAUUAUUACUUUGGCAGUUGUUCCGUAAUUUUAAGUGUAUUUUAAUGAUAUAUACAAUUUGUCUUGCAAUUUUUUAAACAUGUUAAAUCGUGUAUUAAACAAUGUGAGACACUCUGUAUAAAACAAUUUUAAUAUUAUCCAAAUAAAAUGAUUACGACUGUGAAAUGUAAUGUUUCUACUGAAAAAUUUUUAAAUUAAUUAUUAAUUGAAUUUUUAACACGUUUUUACUGGUUUUUGUUCCUUAUUGAAUUAAGAUAAGGUAAUUUCGAGUAUUAGAAUUGGUCAGUUUUCUGGUAAAAUAACAUUUCCAUUACCGUAGAAUUACUUCUUAAGCGUUUCGGCAAAGAUUCACAGGUAAAAACACCGUAGGUUCAAAACUAACUAUAGCGAUGUUACGAGAUGAAAUAUUUCGCUUUUUUUUGAGAAUUUCAUCGACUUAGGUAGAGGUUGGUCGACCAAGAUUCAAGUUUUCCGAACUAAACCGUUCAAUUAAGCAUAAAUUCUUAUGUUAUGCGCCUGCUAUGUCGGAUUCGAAAGCCUUUCCCAUACCAACUAAAAACCUCAUCUAUGGACUCUUUUUUUUCCUGCGGAACCGCCGUAAGGCACUAGAUACCUCGCAAGAAGGACUCAUGACAGCAUAGUUUCCAACAUACUUCGAAGCGUGACCGUUCCUAGAAGCGCUGUGCAUUUUCGUCCACUCCUGCAAAGGCUGCGUACUCCGGGGAAUCUUCAUGUCUCCACCUGUAAAGAUAUUCCCUGAAGCAUCCGUGUCCGAGAUCAUUUGGGUCUAAUAAUAAUUAACCUCUCCAUGGGUCUCCAGAUAUCUAACCGCGGUUAUAAGUUGGUGAGUCCAUCUUCCCUUGGUCGAGACGUCCCAUAAGAUUUGCCAGCGAUCAAUACUAUUUCUUCGCUCAUUUCUCCUGAGCUCUGUCGGGUUCAGUGUGGCCGAUCUUCUUUACCGAUAAAGGGAUCUUCUUUCUUCCUCUAACACUUCAAUGUGUGUGUGAAAGGAAAUGGUUUUGGAAGCAUAUUUUGGAAGUACAUCAGCCACAGAUUCUACCUGUAACCAGGAUCAAGCUUGAUCCCCCCUCUCUUUAUGUUCGUUGAAUAGAAUAUAGAAUAGAAAAUGUAGUUGAAUAGUAACUAAUCUAGAAUUUACAUUAAUUUACGAAUAUGAUCCCUCUUACAAUGCGUUCGUUCCUAUGAUGUCAACCGACGUAAAAAUUACUUGGGUACUUAGUUAAAGGAAUAGAGUUGGGAGAAAACUGAAAACUAUAACUAAAUGAAAAAAAAAAUUGGAAAGAUAUGACUCCCUACGCUAUUCAAAUUUGAAAAAAAAAUAUUUCACAGAUACGUAAUUGUUAUAUAUGGAUGACUGAUCUCAAUAACAAAUCCGUUCCGUGUAUGUGUCAAAAGUAGAUUUUAGAUAACAAUUUAAGGCUCAAAAAAACAUUGUAAAAAGAACUAAUUAUACUUAUUACUUACCCGAAUGGUUUUAAAAUGUAAACUCAAUUCUUAAUGUUUUGGUAAAUGAAAAACUCAAGCAUCGAAGAAGAAUAUUUUUAUUUAUCGUCGUUUAAUACAAUUCCAGUUUGGAUAUUCGACACAUUGUACAUUCAUGAUGAAUAUUUAGUAAAUACUAAUACUAAUUCAUUCUCAAUUUGACUCAAAUAAAUCUGGCAACAAUGAAAUCAGCUCACAAAACGCGGUAAAUGUAGACGCAGCAGUGAAUGUAAACACUCGUUCCGUGAUAUUCAUGACAGAUCUACUUUACAUUUUUUAGGUUAGGGAAAAAUGUGAGGCUCGGCUCCUAAAAGUAGUUUAGAAUAUUUGUUUGUUUUUUCGCUUCGUAAAAGUGUUUUUUUAUACCCGACAAUGCCUAUAUACUGUUUCACCUGUGAAAUAAUGUUCUCUGUCAGAUUGUCUUCUGACGUCACAAAUUACACGACAUUAUCUCACUUGAUAGUAAAAAAGUUUCUUCAGUGUGAACUUUACUUUAUACGGUGUAAUACCUUCUUAACUUUGGAAAAACGAACCAAAAAAAUUAAACAUUGAGAAAUAUCAACUUUACCAAGAUGAAAGUUUUCAUAAGAUGGCUACACGUUUGUUGUGAUUUGUGACUUCAUACAAUUAGAUUGUGUGGGGCUAAUGAAAGUAGAUCGUCUUCUUUUUUUGUAGAAGAGUCCUUGACUUCACGGCACGGAACGAGGGUCUAUAUUUACCGUUUCGUGUCAAAUCAGUACCUUCAAAUGAAAAUCUAACCCAGUCUUUUAGGACUUCAAAAUAUAUCGAUUAUUUCAAAUUCCAAUAAAAAUGUAUUUCAGUGAAAAAAGUAUAUUCUAAUUACUAGAAAUCACUAAUGUUGUAAACAUACUGUACGAGGUGUGGUUAUUAAAUAACUAGACUGGUGAUAUAAAAGAUUUUAUCUCAAUAUUAUGUAUAUUUAUUUAUUAUCACUUUCAACAUAUGUCCAUCACGCAGAUUUACUUUACUUAACCUUUUCUAAUAAGUUUUAGUCAUUUUCAAUCACAUUCAAAAUGUCAACACAAACAUCUUCGCACACAAUUUUCAUGUAACACAUUUUUUGUCAAUUUCUAUAGAUUCAACAAUCGCAGGCAAACUUAACCCGCAGUCAGAUCGAACAAGAUUGUCUUCAACGUAUUCUCGGCCAUCUUGAAAACCACUCAAAAGCCCAUCGACGCGACAAACAUUCAUUGUUAUAUACUUGUUUCAAUAAAUUGUAAUUUUUUUCAAGUUUCAUGAGAAAUUUCACAACAAUCCGUUGAUUUUUUUUAACAAAACAAAAAAAACGACGAUUACGACUACGCUGGUUUAUAUACAAACACGCUAGAGAUCGCAUUCAAGAGUAUGCUUCAAGGUAAACAGCUGACGGUCGUUAAUCUUUAACGCAUGCGUAGUUUUUCUGUAACAGCGCUAGUCUCGUUAUUUAAUAGUCACACGUUGUGUAUACACCGCAUUAGUAGUGUAUUUUCAUUAUUAUAAAAAUGUGUCUAAUAAUUUGGUAUUUGCUGGAAAAAAAUCAAGUCUAGAUGUUUAUAAUUUUUAAUCAAAUGUUUAAUACUGUGUAUUUCAAAUGUUAUCUUCAUUGUAAUGUUCAAUUUUUAAAAAUUGCUCAGUAUAUAUUUUAUAUAUAAAUCUUUAGAUAGUUGUUUAGCUUUUCAGCUUUUAUAUAAGGUAGUUCGGAGUUAUGUUCAUUAAUUUCUAGAGCUGACAGUACCGGGUGGGCAAUGGAUUAUAUUCAGUUUCAAGAAAAAGAAAAUUGUAACAAAAAUGGUCCGAAAAACACUUGAAAAUAUUUCAAAAUUCACCCAAUUUAGUAGAAUUUUGAAAACAAUAAUCGAAUUCUUCAACAAAUCCUGCGCAUUUUUCACUUCGCAAGGUUCCGUCUAUUUCUUCAAAUAUGAGGUGGGGGAGAGUGGGAACCUUGUUAUGAAAAAAGUGCCUGUUAUAUAUUAUAAAUUGCUCUAUUCAGCCGAUUUUGAUAAACUUGAUGUUGCUUAAAUGCUAGAGGGCGUGGUUUUUUAUGUUUUAUAUAUAUUUUGAUUUGAAAUUUGAAACAUAAAAGUUUGAGUAUGUCUUUUGAAAGUAAACUAAAUUAACAUUAAGACAGGCAAACGUAAAGCUUAUAUUACUAACAAUGGGAAUAAAUAAUUAAAUGAACCAUCUAACAAAUCUAACAAUUCUCGUGGGAUCCAGGAAAUGCAACAUCAGGGUCGUUGAUCGUAAAUAUAUAGUGGGGAAUUCUAAACGGCCAUUUUUUUCGAAUGACAUAGUUUUAAUGGGCAAAAAUACAUUCGCAGAAACGAAUUGCCACUUCUUUUAGAAGACAUACCCUUUGUCAUUCGUCGUGACAUGUUCUUACGACAUGAUGGUUGCUAUGUUUGCCAUUUUUUAGACCAAACGUACCCUAUUGGGCCACCCAGAUCUCCAGAACUAACUUCUUGUUUGUUGGGGCGAAUAAAAGCUCUCGUUUACACCAAUAGAUCCACGACAAGAGUUGAUCUGUCUUAUCCACUCAUCAGCGUCUGAUUUCAUAUAGAGAAAAUGAUGGAUAAUAAUUUGAACACCUAGGGAGCCACUAUUUACGUAGCUAGUUAUCUAAGUUGAUAACUGUUAGCUCAGUUACAUGGUUUAUUUAAUGACCUAACCUAACUUAACCAAUGUUAGAACUUUCCAUCCAGAAUAAAUUUCUAAUUUCCGUUUGAGCGAACCAGCCCAGUAGACGUUUGAAGAAAAGUUUAUAAAAAUCGAGCUUACAGGCAUUUUUUCAUAAUAAGGUUCUCACUCUCUCCCACUUCAUAUUUGAAAAGAUAUACUAAAGCUUGCUGAAUAAAAAAUGCACAGAAAUUAUAGAGGAAGUUGAUUAUUGUUCAUAAAUUACUACUUAAUUGGGUAAAUUUUGAAAAAUUUAGCUUUUUUAAUUUCAUAUCUGCAGAUACGACCUCUAAUAGUGGACCUAACAUUCUGAAAAUAAUUUCCACGUGUUUUUAGUGCACAUGAACUAAAUUAUUCAAAGUUUUCGGGUCAAAAAUCGCUGCAGCCACCACAGUAACAUUUCCUCUCGAUUCAUUCUAACCAAACCAAAUACCAGAUGUAAUUAGGAAAAAAUGUAUGUGGAUGUAUCAACUUUUUCACUCAGUUUAGUCAAGAUUAAGACUCAAAAUAUGAUAUCCAUAAUUAAAACGAUUUGGAUACACAAGUUUCACCUCUUUAAAUACUUUUAAACAAAGUCUACAUUACGCAGUACCCGUAUUUAUAGAGGUACUUUCAGUUCUAGAAAUUAGUGUAUAUUAUUGUAUUUGUAGGGCAGUUGAAACAUUUUUUAUACUUUAAAAAUGAUUAGUUCAAACCUGUGUUUCAUAAAAUAUUGCAGGAGCAAGUCAAAAUAAUCAAAAACUCGAGCAUACCCCACAGUUUUAACUGCCCAACUUAGUCCAUUUGCAGUAUUAUACUUUUCUAUGCAAUUAAAGAUAUUUUACUGUUUGUUAUUUCAUUUAUAAGUUUAAUUGUUAUAUAAAUUUUGUCUUCCGACGACAUAAAUAUAUUUUGUAAAUCAUAAUUUUGUUAGUAUUUUUCAGAAAAAAACGUGAAAAUUUGUUAAUAUAUUGAUGUCAUCAAUGUUAUGAAUAAAUGUUUUUACUAA